CCUGCCUAAAGUGACAGAUAAGAUGGGAAUCUUUGGACGAGAUUCGUCAACAUAAAGACGUCAAGCUUUUACUGCUAGGUUUGGGCGGGGCAGGCAAGACCACCCUGGUAUGCAGCCUUAGACGGAGAAGGUGAUGAUACAACUUCCCACUAAAUCGUAUAACAUGGAGAAACUGAACUAUAAAAACAUCAAGUUCAUCAUAUAUGACAUCGGCGGUAAUGACACAAUGCGCCCGCUGUUCCGCCAUUACUACAAGGACACUGACGCUGUUGUCAUGGUGAUAGAUGGUGCGGACUCCGAGCGUCUGGAGGAGCUAUACUGUGACGUCAUCAAACCUGCUCUGCACGCGGAGGAGCUUGCACACAGCAUCUUCCUGUUCCUGGUUAAUAAACGAGACCUUCCCGAGUGUCUAAGUGCUGAGGAGGUUGCUGACAAGUUGAACUUGAAGGCGUUGAAACAUUCCUGGCAUAUCCUGGAAACCAGCGCCGUUCGAGGGGACGGACUUACUGACAGUAUGGACUGGCUCGCAUCUCAUUUGGGCCCCACUUCCGGACAGGGUCACCGGAAACAGCAAUCUCCACAGGGAUCCCAUGACGCCAUUCCUAAUGACGUCAAACGAAAAAGUGACCUCACCUGUGAUAAAAAUGAUAAAAGUGAUAAAAAUAGAAAACUACACUCUUCAAGUUUAAAUGACGUCAGAAAUGACGUCCCAAACGGUGAUUUAAGACCGCCUUCAGGAAUAUCGGACUCAAAGGAAGUUUCCCCAGCAAAAGACUUUUGUCAUUUUAACAGAGCAUACAGUGCUUUCCGGUGCUUUUUUAUUCGUCCAAGUGUACCACCUGACACUGACAGCGACGACGAUGAUUGAUGUGAAGUAGUGCUAGUAUUAAAAUUUGCAGUUAUUGCUGCUUAUAUUUCAA